AUGUUAGCUGUGGGGCAAAUGGACGGACCUCGUCAGGGCGCCUUCCUCCUCAACACCUCGCCUUUAUCAGCUCUGCACAGCAUGACCGAAAUGAAGACGCCUCUGUACCCGGCUUACCCGUUACCGUCCACCGGCCCGGCGUCGUCUACCUCCCCUGCCUCGACCUCUCCCAACCCGGGCGGGGUCCCGGUGUCUUCUCCGGGGAUCAAAACGUCAUCGGCUGGACUCUCGGCUCUCGGAUCCCAGCAGUGCGGGGCCUCGGCCACCCCACAUGGGAUAAACGACAUCCUCAGUCGGCCGUCGGUGGUCUCUUCUGGAGCAGCUUCUCCAGCCGGUCUGCUGUCUGGUCUGCCCCGCUUCAGCAGCCUGAGUCCACCUCCUCCUCCGGGGCUUUACUUCAGCCCGAGCGCAGCUGCCGUAGCCGUGGCCCGCUACCCCAAACCUCUGGCCGAGCUGCCCGGCAGGACCCCUAUAUUCUGGCCAGGAGUGGUGCAAAGCCCACACUGGAGAGAUGCCAGAUUUGCGUGUUCGCCUCAUCAGAACUCAGUGCUGUUGGAUAAAGACGGAAAGAGGAAACACACAAGACCCACGUUUUCCGGUCAGCAAAUCUUCGCGUUGGAAAAGACUUUUGAACAGACCAAGUAUUUAGCAGGACCGGAGAGAGCGCGUCUGGCCUACUCCCUGGGCAUGACGGAGAGCCAAGUGAAGGUGUGGUUUCAAAACCGGAGAACGAAGUGGCGGAAGCGGCACGCGGCUGAGAUGGCCUCGGCAAAGAAGAAACAAGACUCGGAGACCGAGCGGCUGAAAGGCGCGUCGGAAAACGAAGACGACGACGACGAUUACAACAAGCCUUUAGAUCCAAACUCGGACGACGAGAAAAUCACACAACUGCUGAAGAAACACAAACCGAACCCCGGGCUCCUAAUGCACUCAGGGGAUACCGACAGCUCGUAA